UGCCGCAAGGGAAGGACGGAGGCGCAAAGCUUUCGUCAGAUCUCGCCGCCCACACGCACCGCGAAGGUCGCGUCCCAUGAACUCGAGGAGGGACUUCCGCAGCCACAGAGCUGCUUUAUUUGAUGGCAUUGAAGAUGGUGGGAUAAGAGCUCCAGCUUACUCUUCUCGUGAAAUUCAUGAGCAGGAGAAUGACCAAGCUAUGGACAGUUUGCAUGAUAGGGUCAGCAUUCUCAAAAGACUAACUGGUGAUAUACACGAAGAAGUGGAGAAUCAUAACCGAAUGCUGGACAGAAUGGGUAAUGACAUGGAUGCUUCAAGAGGAUUUCUUUCUGGAACGGUGGACAGGUUCAAGAUGGUCUUCGAGACGAAAUCAAGCCGCAGGAUGGCUACCAUGGUGGCAUCCUUCAUUGCCGUCUUCUUGCUCAUAUACUACCUUACCAAGUAGGAGCACGGCCAUUCUGGCAUCGGCUUGUCAGCAAGCAGCUGCGUGUCGCUGCAUGUGAUGGUGUAUAUUGCCUGAUUGUAUGCCCCCAUUUUCCACACUUAAUGACCAGAGCAUUGGUUCUCAAAAGAAAAGAAUCAUUGCACCAUCUCAUCUCACAGUGUUUGUUAUUACAUGGAUGGGUGACCCUGGAGGGAGGAUAUGCUGUUGGUGCUGCAUUUUUGUACCAAAUUGUUUGGAUAUUUUUGUUCAUAAUAUGUGCCCUUAGCUUUCUGGGAAUUCGGAUGUAUGGGGGCAUCUGCCA